AUCAGUAUGGGACAGAACCAGGACAAAGUGGACGGUGAAAAGCAGGUCCUCAGUGACCAAUUGGAGGCCACGCCUCCGGGCCACAGCCCUGGAGCUCUGGCCAGUCACGCAGGUGAUGUCAUGGAGGGAGAAAGCUCAUGUGAGGAGGAGGCUGUUGAGACAGGGGAAAAAUCUGGCGAAGCAGACUCUCCGGAUCUGGAUGAGAGCCCCGGGCUGGAGCCAGUAACACCUUCUAGUGAGAAACACAUACAUUUGUGCGAGAGGGAGGUAAUACAGGGAGGGGCUGCAGGAAAGGAGGGUGGAGGUGGUCGAAGAGGAGGAGACUGGCCUGCCCGAUUGGUUCCACAUGGGAUGGGCAAGAACCACAAGACCAAUUCAGGAACGAAGAGGCUUGAAAGAGCACAAAGGGUGUUUAGGCAAGUCAACGGAGACGAAAGAAAUACUGUGGAGCAGCUUCGAGCAUCUUCAGAGUUCCAGAUGGAGUAUGACGCUGAAGAAACCUUCUCACAACAGGAUGAGAACUCAGGGGACCUGCAUCCAUUUGGCAACCCUGGACAGGAAUCUGCGAUCAUGAAGAGAAAGGCAUGUGGAGCUCAAACAGGAAGUGAGUUGGUGCUCGUUCAAGAUCAUAAAGUGUCCGUGACUACUGAGACUGAGAAUGAGGAUGUUGGGUUCUGUGCACGGACAGCAGGCUCUUUGAGUGACAGGAAGGAACCGCCUCCAGCUACACGCCAACAUCCUUUGAAAAACAGUCGGCAGAAAGGGUCUUUAUUAGAUAUGAGAGACACCAUUCACCCAAAUGAAAGAAGUAAGGAAGGAGUCUUAGCAUGUGAGAAAAACUCAGGUUUGAAUGAUCACUCUUUGGCUAAAUCAAAGUUUUUUGAUGACGGCGAUCGGAUGGAGUCCAUGAAGUUGUUUCCACAAGUGGACUCAGCGGAAAAAAAUGACACCUUGUUCUCAGAUUCAGCAUCAAACGUAGCCUUGCCCGCUGAGCCCAGCUCUAUUUUGGAGAAGCUAUUGAAGAGAAAUAGAAAAGAGGCUGUCCCGUCUCUGUCUAAAAAGAAAGAAGUUGAUAGUCAGAGCAAGGACACCAUAGCUCUUGAGGACACAGAAGCAAAGGAGACAGUUCACAAAACAACACCACUGAUCUCCAGCGAGCAAGAUGAUCAACCUGAAUGUGUCAUUAAGGCAACUUUAAACACGCAAACUCACAUUGCAGCCCCAGAUUCAAUCGGUUUUCCGUCUUCAGUGACUGUGUGUGAAAGCUCACUCACAAAAUCGCAUUAUUCCCCACCAGAGUCCCCACCAGCACAGACCGACGGGCAGGUGGUGAACUCUGUCGAAGUUCAUACAACCGAGAAGACAGCCACUGAAACUAAAGGAACACGCUCAAGGACGGGGAUUGACCAUGAGGGCAGAACAUCAAGCUCUGAUAGGGCAGAUACUCAGCCUAUGAAAAGGCAGAUGGUAAAAGAGAGCCGUGAGGACACUGCUGCUCCAGCUGGGGGUGCAGGUGUGGUCGCAGCUGACACAAAUUAUUCAGGGAGAAGCAAUCAGGUCUCAUGCACCAUGAAGCAGGACCUCCAGAACCUGACACUCGAUUCAGAAAAUGCCUCCUCAGAUCACAAGGAUAAAAAAACUUGCAAAGAGGCAGAUGAAGGUGUUUUAUUGAGGGACAAAUCCCAAGGCACUCCAAAAUCUAGGCCUGUCUCAGACCUGAUAAGGGGGACAAUUCAACUGCAUGAAAAGCUGCAACACCUCGAACGACCAAAGUCGACGGAAGUCAAACCUGAGGAGCAAGGCCAGUCUCUGAAAGUGGCACAGAUGAAGGCGGCUUUCGAUUCACCGCUGAAAACUCCAGACAGGGGACUGGAAAGGAAGCCAUCAAUGAGAAGAGAUAUGAGACGAGUUGUACGACAGAGCAAAUUCCGUCACGUCUUUGGCCAGGCCGUGAAGAAUGACCAAUGCUACGAUGAUAUCCGGGUUUCAAGGGUCACAUGGGACAGCGCCUUCUGUGCAGUCAACCCCAAGUUUGUUGCCAUCAUUAUUGAGGCCAGCGGCGGUGGAGCUUUCCUCGUUCUCCCCCUUCACAAGUCGGGACGCAUCGACAAAUCCUACCCCACAGUAUGUGGUCACACAGGUCCUGUGUUGGACAUUGAGUGGUGCCCUCACAAUGACCAGGUCAUUGCCAGCGGCUCUGAGGACUGCACAGUGAUGGUAUGGCAGAUUCCUGAGAAUGGCCUCAUCACUUCCAUGUCUGAACCUGUGGUGGUGCUGGAGGGUCACUCAAAGCGUGUUGGCAUCAUCACAUGGCAUCCAACCGCACGCAACGUCCUCCUUAGUGCAGGUUGUGACAACCAGAUAAUCAUCUGGAACGUGGGCACUGGUGAGGCCAUGAUCACUCUGGAUGAAAUGCAUCCUGAUGUCAUUUACAACGUCUGCUGGAACCGCAACGGUAGCCUCAUCUGCACCGCCUGCAAGGACAAGACCAUCCGCGUCAUCGACCCCCGCAAGGAGGACAUCGUUGCUGAGAAAGAGAAGGCACAUGAGGGGGCCCGACCCAUGAGGGCCAUUUUCCUCUCUGAUGGCAACGUCCUCACCACCGGUUUCAGUCGUAUGAGUGAGAGGCAGCUGGCUCUCUGGAACCCGCAAAAUAUGGAUGAGGCCAUAACUGUUAAUGAGAUGGACACCAGCAAUGGAGUGCUCCUGCCCUUCUAUGACCCCGACACCAAUGUCGUGUAUCUCUGUGGAAAGGGGGACAGCAGCAUCCGUUACUUUGAAAUCACAGACGAGGCUCCAUAUGUUCACUUCCUCAACACUUUUGUCACCAAGGAGCCCCAAAGGGGGAUGGGCUACAUGCCCAAGAGGGGCCUUGAUGUCAAUAAGUGUGAAAUUGCAAGGUUCUAUAAACUGCAUGAAAGAAAGUGUGAGCCUAUUGUGAUGACUGUACCCAGAAAGUCGGAUCUGUUCCAGGACGACUUGUACCCUGACACGGCUGGACCAGACCCUGCCCUGGAGGCUGAGGAAUGGUUUGAGGGCAAGAAUGGAGACCCCAUCCUCAUCUCCCUCAAGAACGGUUAUGUCCCAGGCAAAAACCGUGAAUUCAAGGUGGUCAAAAAGAACAUUUUGGACAGCAAGGUCACCAAGAACGCAGAGAACUCGAGCCCUGCCAACAAGCCGGCCUCCCCCACUCCGUCAAUUAAAUCUGAAGCAAAGAUGGAGGAGAUCUUAAAAGAAAUCAAAUCCCUCAAGGACCUGAUCAGCAGUCAGGAGAAGCGAAUCAUCAAACUUGAAGAGCAAAUGUCCAAAAUUGCAAUUUAAGGACCCCCUUUACCCCUUCCCGCUACAAUUCAGGAUGUUCCAUUGUCUGGGGGGGCGGGAAAGAUCACUGCCUACCUUUUAAUGACAGUGUUUGAUCUCAGUCCUGCCGAGCAACAAUCCCUAGCAACAUUCCAGAUGAACUUCUUUUAAACCAGGCCCCAACCCUCAGUUUAACACAGGUGGAAUAAGGAGGACAUGUGGUAAAUUUAGCAGGAAGUACAUUUGCUUCUUUUUGAAUUCAAAGGACUCGGUUAAUUUUAUUCUGUGGCAGCCUUUUAAUUUGCCUAUUUCUAUAAACAGGUCUUAAGUCUUCUCAUUUUAGAAUGACCAAUAAAAGCCCAUUGUUAACAGCAGUCCCCAUUAACAUCGGUAUAUCUGCAUAUGUGUCUUUUAGUGGGUGUCAGUGUUCCAUGUUGGCGUGUCCCAAAAUGAAAAUGUUGCCAAAUGUAGGAUUUUGUUUACACCUCCAUAACAGUAUUUUCUGUCGGUGAGAAUAUUCAAAAUCCAAACACAGUUAAACGGACUGUACGUGAGGGGGGGGGGGGGGGGGAUUUUAACUGCUUGUGCACGCCAAAGUCAAAUAAACAAUUAGAUUUAUUCAGAAAAACUUCAAAUUCUUCAGUAGAAACAUUCCCGUUUGCCACAGCCAGCACCAAACGCAACAUGAUGGAAAUGAGUUCUUGCUUCUCCACACUGAAGCCGCACGCAUCCACGCCCACUUUUAGCUUUUUCUCUCUAAAUCUGUGGCUUCCUGUCACUCUGACUGGAGAUAUUCCAUGUGAACGCGUGUCCCUCUCUACCCGCUUCAUUAACAUGCACUCUGCACUUAUCAAACAUGACAUUCCACUAAAACUAUUUGCUGUUUAGGUAUGGUAGGGGGGACUCAGCUUCCUCUUGUGUGUGAACCCUCUGCUGUAGUGACUCUGUGACGGUCGGUCGGCUGGCUGUUGUGACAUUUAAAGUGCUGCAUGUGGAAACAUCGCUGUGCAGAUGUUUUUUUUUGUCUUUGAGGGGUUGUCGCCAAACCUCGGUGCAGUAGCCUCCCUCCCCCCAAUUUUUUCCCCCCCUUUUUAUUUUUAGCUUUGCAUCAUAUCCUUCCCCAGAUGUGUAUUUUCUGUACAGCAUUUGACAUGACAGGAUGCCAAGUAAUCGCACACCAGCUCGACUGUUUGAAACCAUCUUGUGAUGAAGCCGGAGGCUCCUACAGAAACUGUUCAUGCUAGACCUUAAAGGCCUCUGAUUCCUGGAUAUAAGGCUCAUGAAUCUGUGGCCUUUUGGCAUCUGACUGGAUGUUUCUGUAUGGUGUCUUAUCCGAGGGGUUAAGUUACUUUUAGUAGAAGCCACAAACCUUCCUCUAAUUUGGAAGCACUGCUUAGUAGAGAAGCUACUUCUGUUCAUUUAAGCCUGUUUCUUGUUCCAGCUGUGCUCGUAUCCCCUUAGCAAUUCCACAUCUUAAUUUUCUAAUGUUUCUCUCCCUUUCAUGCCCUGAAUCAGUAUAGUUGACACAAAUACAGGAACCAUUUUCUCCUCCCACCUGUUUGAUCCAGUAAAAAAUCUUUUUUUUUUUCUUUUUUUGAUGUUUGAUUUGUUUCCCAGUGGGAAGCAGAGACGGGUAAUGGUCUGUUGUUUGCCUUCAUCAAUUGUUACCACUGUAAAGACCUGAAAAGUGCCAUAGAAGUGACCAAGAAAAGUUGGUGUUGGGGACUGUUCUGUGAGUAGUUUGUGUAGUUAAAUGGAAGACUUGAGAGGUGCCUGAAUAUAAAAAUCACAUUGAGGUGCUAUACUUUGUACUAACAUGCCGUCACUAAAGCCCCGUCUGUCACCGGGCUCAAAGACACGAGGGAGUCCUGCCAACCGCUGCCACAGUGCAGCAGGCAGCAUUAUUGGUCGGCGUUGAGCCGCUUGCAUUUCCCACCUUGGUACGGGUAUAACAACAUCUUUAGAAAUGGAUGUGAAACCAAUAAUCUGUCGGCUGAACGCAGGGCCGUGUUAAACAGUGUGACCUCGAGACGCACUCUGAGCAUUGAGUAGUGGAAUAAUGGUGGCAGGAAAUCUGAGUGCGAGUCUGACACAAAUUCUACUGCCGUAUUUUGUAUUUCAGACUUCCACUUGAGGUUUCAUCUGUUUUUUUAAAUUUUUUAAAUUUUUUUGUUUUAAUAGCAUUGUUGGCACGAGAGCAGAAUUUUGUGGAGAGUAGUGACUGAUAGCAAUCCAAAGGGACAGUGUAGGUUGACGAGAUGUGCAGCUGAAGGAUAGAUGUACGUUUGUAAUUAAGGUCUAGAAAACUGAGUGAACGCCGUGUAAAUAACAUGACUUUUUUUUUUUUUUCAUUUUUGUUUCGUGGUUGUGCUGAAGAGGGUAUUUGGAUGGGUGAUGGGUUUUAAAUGUUCCCCUGUUUGUGUUCCUUGCACCUUGCCAUAAUGCAUCUUAAGAAAAGCAGAACCUCUGUUCCAUAAGAAAACCAAGAAACAAAAUCGGACAAAAACCAACCAGGAUGAACGCCUCGUGGAGGUCUGCUCAGCAUUUUUGUUCAUUAUUCUUGCUUCAAGUAUCAAACAUUGAUUAUAAGAAAAAUUAAUAAAGAAUUUUUAAAAUGAA